CCCGGGUGCGAGGCCAGGCCAGGCCAGGCCAGGCUGGGGGCGCGGCCCUCGUGCCCCGCCCGCCAGGCCCCGCUGCAGUGGCAACCGUGACGUCAAGCAGGUAGUGCGGGCGGAAGCGCUGCGGGCGGUGUCGGCUCGGGCGGAAGCGGCGCGCUUUGCGGCAGCGGCGCGCGGCAGCGGCGUGGGUGCUAUGGCGGAGGAUUGGCUGGGAGUGGAGGCGGCCCCGAGCGCCAGUGACGGCGAAGAGGAGGGGCAGGAGGAUGAUGAGCGGCGGCACCAGCAGCUCCUGGAGGCGGUCAGCUCCCUGUCCGGCCGGCGGCGGCGGAAGCUGGCAGAGCGCACAGAGGCGAGCGUGCAGGUGUCUGAGUUCAAUGUCAGCUGCAAAGGUGCUGGGGAGAAACUGGUUCUGUCUGAGCUCCUGCAGCCCAUCCGUCCCAAAUCCGCCCUCAGUAGCGUGAAGAAAGAGCUGAACAGAGUGAAACAGAAAAAGGCGGUGGAGCUGCCGCUCAGCAAGGAGGAGGCCCAGCGGGUUGUGAGGGAAGCUGCCUAUGUCGGGACUUCGAAGGACGUGGGCAAGUGGCAGCAGGUGGUCUUGCAGAACCGGCGUGCAGAACAGCUUGUGUUCCCGCUGAAGCAGGAAAUCGCUACGGUUGUCCCUUUGGAGCAAGUAGCUUCAACAUGGAAGCCCCGAACUCCCCUGGAGCAGGAGAUCUUUGGACUGCUCCACAAGACCCAGCAGCCCACCGUCGACCCGCUCCUGACACCAGAGGAGACAGCCUCACUGCAGGCGAUGAGCUUGGAGGAGGCCCGGCAGCGGCGGGCAGAGCUGCAGAAGGCUCGGGCCUUGCAGUCGUACUAUGAAGCCAAGGCUCGUCGAGAGAAGCGAAUCAAGAGCAAGAAGUACCAUCGUGUGCUGAAAAAAAGCAAGAGGCGCAAGGCCUUGAAGGAGUUCGAGCAGCUGCACAAGUCAGACCCUGAGGCUGCCUUGGCAAAGCUGGAGGAGCUGGAGCAGCUCAGGAUGCAGGAGCGGAUGAGUCUUAAGCACCAGAACAAGGGAAAAUGGGCCCGUUCUAGGGCCAUUAUGGCUAAGUAUGACCUGGAGGCCCGCAAGGCCAUGCAGGAGCAGCUGGCCAGGAAUAAAGAGCUCAUGCAAAAGGUUCGGGUGGAGCUGCCUGAGGAGGAGGAAGAGGCAGGUGACAUGCCUGAGAAGGACCUGGCGUCGGUGACCAUCCCUAUGGGUGCCAGUGGAGCUAAUCCCUGGAUGCUUGGCAAGCCCACCGGCCCAGCGGAAGAACCUCAGGUGGAGGAGGGUCUUGGAGAUGUGGCGGUGCCUGGUGCUGCAGAGAGAAAGGAGGACGAGGAGGAGGAGGAGGAGGAGGUAGUGUCAGAGGAGGAAGCUCUGCUACAAGACUUUGCACAGAAACGGCACACACGGCAGCAGUGGGCAGAGAGGCCUGAGGGACGAGGUGCUGAUGAGACAGAGGCAAUUCCAGAACUGCUGGGAGACAGCCCCAUCCGCCCAGUUUGUGAUGAGGAGCAGGCGAGCCUGGGGAUGGAGCAGCCUUCCCCGGCCCAGGAGGAGACUCUGCUGUCAGAGCAGCUGAACCGGGUGCAGACAAUGGAGGAUGUCGAGGCUCUGGCCUCAGAGGAGCUCGUCGAAGAGAGGGAGAAGCCAGCAGCUGCGAGAGCAAAGAAACGAGUGCAGCAGCAGGAGGAAGGCAGAGCUGGGGACAAGCGUGCCAAAAAAACCCCAGCCAAGAAGAAGAAGAUCAUCAGCCUGCAGGCUGUGCUAUCUGGGAAGCCCCAGGAGGUUCCGUGCGCCAGCCUCCCUCUGGUUGUGGAGGAGGAGGAUGGAGGCGUUGACCAAAGAGGGGUCAUCACUGAGGCCUUUGCUGGGGAUGACGUGGUUGCUGACUUUCGCCGGGAGAAGCGCAAGGCGGAGCAGGCUGCAAAGCCGCAGCCGGUGAACCUGGUGCUGCCAGGCUGGGGCGAGUGGGGAGGCACCGGCCUCAAGCCCAGCACCAAGAAAGUCAAACGGUUCCUGCUCAAGCCACCCCCAGCACCGCCCAGGAAGGACCAGCACUUGCCUCAUGUCAUCAUGAGCGAGCGGCGCAACAUCCAUGCGGCUGCACAUCAGGUCAACGAGCUGCCCUUCCCCUUUGAGAAGCACCAGCAGUUUGAGCAGAGCAUCCGGAUGCCACUGGGCUCCACAUGGAACACGCAGCGUGCCUUCCAGAAGCUGACCACCCCUCGUGUCGUUACCCGAGCGGGCCACAUCAUCCAACCCAUCUCUGCCGAGGAUGUCCCCGAGAUGGCCACAGCAGCUGGCACUGGAGCCAAGCCAGUGCUGGAAACUCUGCCCAAGCAACAAGCAGAGCCCUUUCGCCGACCACGCAAGAAAGCACGAUAGCACUGGGCCCGUGUGGCGCUUCAGCAGUGGAGGGAACGGGGAGAGGCUCCUGAUUCUGUCCAGUACCUUCCCUUGCAAUAAAACUCUUGGGCUGCUGUGUGUGUGCUCAGC